AUGAUGACGUGCCGUCUGCUGUGCGCCCUUUUGGUGCUUGCCCUGUGCUGCUGCCCGUCCGUGUACGCGGGAGACGCUCAGCCUGAAGCUGCCGCUUCUUCCCAGACGACCACGACGACUACAACACAGCCACCAGUCCCCAAGGAGAAGUCCGAACCCAAACCUAAUGUAGCUGCCGUUCCACCGCCUUCAACACCAGAUCCAUCACAGGGUACCGGCCAGCCAGGGUCGUCAACUUUGGGGCCCGUUCCAGAUCAGGGAAACGUUGGCGGAUCGGGACCAGGUGUGACCGCUGGGGGACCGCAAUCAAAUGUCGUGACCAAUAAUUUACAGGCAGAAGGCAGGGACGGUAUGACAGGAAGACAAAAUGGCACUAAUACAUCCGCAGAUAAAGCAGCUCAGGAAGCCAAAGAUCCUGCCGAGACCACGACGACCACCACAACAAAGGCACCGACUACGACGACCACCACUGCGCCAGAGGCACCAAGUACUACGACUACAGAGGCGCCAGCUGUGUCGACCACCCGCGCACCGUCACGUCUUCGCGAAAUCGACGGCAGCCUCAGCAGCUCUGCGUGGGUGUGUGCCCCGCUGGUGCUCGCCGCAUCCGCGCUGGCGUACACCGCUCUGAGCUGA